UAUAGUUGUCAUAAAAAUAGUCACGAUUGGUUCGGAGCGUUAAAAAUAAAUAUAUAAUAAAACAUAUGGAGUGAAGCAAAGUAAAGGCGUGUAAAACCGAUUAUUUGAUCUUACUACAAUAAAACUAUGGAAGAAAAACAUGAAAACCAUACUUGUAAUUCUGUAUAUUAUUCGUACAAGUAGACCAUCAUGCACACACUUUAUACAACCACUUGACGCUUGCGUGCAAUCAGAAAUUUGUAACCAUACGUGGAUUCCUGUUUGUGGACAAAAUGAAAAGACUUCAAUACGACGAACGUUCGGUGACUUGUGUGACAUGUUAGAAUACAACUGUGAUUUUAAAACAGAAUACAGGGAAAUCAGCCGAGAAGAGUGUGUAAAUACAACCACUAUAUCAGCGCGUAAAUCAUUAUUCACACCCAGUGAUACUACUACAGUCUCAUAUAUUUAUGAUGAUGAUGAUUACCUUACAAAUCUCCCUGUAAAUGUUAAAACAAUGUCAAAAUUUUAUUUGAAACCACCUGAUGAAACAACGGAUGCUGCCAUGUUUAUCAGUGCAAUAUCAGAAAACCCACUGAUAAACGUUCUCACACGCGGGUUCGAAUAUAGACGUCAAAUCACAGAUCCGUUAUCCUCUUCAUCUACAAAAAAUGAGACCACUUUAUCCACGGGGUCAUUUAAAGCAUGCACGUGUUCAGCGUCUCCUAUUACCACUACAACGGCAAAGACUACAACAACUACAUCGCCUACCACUACAACUCCUAUUACUACAACUACUACUUUGUCUACCGAGGCUUUUAAAGCAUGCACGUGUUCAACGAAUGCUAUUACCACUUCAACAACACCUAGUACCACUACACCUACUACAUCGACAACCAAUACUCCUAGUACAUCUACGACUAAUUUAUCUACUGAGGCAUCUAGUGUAACCAAUUAUAGAGGAUGCACGUGUUCAACAUCUACUCCUACAUCAACAAUGGAAACGACACCGUCGACGCCAUCUACUACAACUACAAUCACAACACCUAAUACUAGUGUAGUAGACACUAGUGCAACGACAAAUACAACAGAGUCUGAAACAACCCCUAAUACUCCUAUGACUACUGUGUCUACUGAGUCACCUAAAGCAUGCACGUGUUCAACGCCUCUAAUUACCACUACAACGGCAGUAACCACAGCUAGUACUACUACAACAAUAGUCACCACACCUAGUACUACUACAUCAAUAGCCACCACACCUAGUACUACUACUACUUCUAGUACAUCAGUAACCGUUACAACUCCUAGUACCAAUACAACUACUGUGUCUACGGAGUCAUUUAAAGCAUGCACUUGUUCACCGCCUACUGAUACCACCACAACAUCGACCACACCUAGUACCACCACACCUACUACAUCAACAACCAUUACAACUCCCAGUACAUCGACUAUUUUAUCUACUGACGCUUCUAGUGUAAUCGAUGGUAGAGCAUGCACGUGUUCAACGCCUAUAAUCACCACUACAACGGCAGGGACCACAGCUAGUACUACUACAACAAUAGCCACCACACCUAGUACUACUAUAACAAUAGCCACCACACCUAGUACUACUACAACAAUAGUCACCACACCUAGUACUACUACAACAAUAGCCACCACACCUAGUACUACUACUACAGCUAGUACAUCAGUAACCGUUACAACUCCUAGUACCAAUCCUACUACUUUGUCUACGGAGUCAUUUAAAGCAUGCACUUGUUCAGCGCCUACUGAUACCACCACAACAACAUCGACCACACCUAGUACCACCACACAUACUACAUCGACAACCAUUACAACUCCUAGUACAUCAACGACUACUUUAUCUACUGAGGCAUCGAGUGUAACCACUGGUAGAGGAUGCACGUGUUCAACAUCUACUCCUAUAUCAACAAUGGAAACGACGCCGUCGACGCCAUCUACUACAACUACAAUCACAACACCUAAUACUAGUGUGUCUACUGAGUUAACUAGUGCAAUGACAAAUACAACAAAGUCUGAUACAACUACAAUGACUACGACAACAGUCCAGUCGUCAACGCCAUGGAAAGGAUGUGGACAUCCUGGAUGCGAUAUAGUGGCCACCUGGGCAACAACAGUUAAAGGAGAAACGAGGGACUAUUAUCAGAUUCUUAGGAGCAAAUACGGCCAUCUUCCUUUCAGGAGAAAGAAACAUAUACAAGCAUUAAGAUACACCAGUCAUUAUCCUCCAGGAUUUCCGUUUUCAAGGCCUCGUCGUCGUUAUCGUUAUCGUUUUCGUCCUUUGGGUCCUUAUAAGCAAUUUUAUGGACGUCAUGUCGAAGGCUAGCUUUAUCUAUCUACUUAACAAUGAGAUUAUGUAUUAUGACAGAGAACUCGUAGCGUGGGAGCGGUAAUGUCAAGGUAGGUACAUUAACGGAGUCCUGAUUUUUAUCGGAUAAAACUAACAUUAAGUGUCCAA